CGCGAGCCACACUGCCCGAUGUUGUUCCGUUGUAAAAUAACUUGGACGUCAAAGGAAUGAACACAGUGAUUCAUUGACGCGUGGAAGCAACGGAUGUUAUGUUAUAAUCUAUAACCGUAGCACUUGCAUUCACAUUGCGCCCGCAACAUAUCGAAGUAACGUCUCGGAGCGAAUUUGUUUGCUUUGUUGAAUGCCCGGGGGAUGGCAUGCGGUCCCGGUGAACUGUCGGGCUGGGACUGAGGCUGCAGAGAAGCGGGGCCGGAAUGAGCACGGAGAGGAUUCUCGACGGAGACUCGGACGACGGCGUCCUGGUGCACGAUCCCGGACUGACCAACGUGGGCGUCGUGAAUGAGGGAGCAGACAUCGUGAGUGAGGAGCAGGGGGAGAGGGAGCCGGAGCAGAAGGAGGUUGCGCCCGUAGAGUUGCCUCGAGGCCUGCCGUCACCUCAAUCUGCGCUGCCACGGGGUCCUAUUUUGCCUCUCCAAAAGGACACUGUCUACUUCCGCGAUGGGAUCCGUAGAAUCGACUUCAUUCUCGCUUACGACGAUGAGAAUAAUUCUCAGGGGGCCAUCAAGAAUCAGGAGAAGAGGUCCAAGUAUCAGGCGAGUUUAAUGAAGAUGGGUCUGGAACUGGAGAUUGAGCCCAAGGAGGAGUCGGUGAGCGGACGCACCACCUACGUGAAGGUGCAUGCGCCGUGGACCUCGCUGACCACCUACGCCGAGAUCCUGCACAUCCAGGUGCCACUCAAGGAGAGCGACCUCACCCGGGUGUCGCGCUCACAGCAUGGACUUCUGGACUACCUGAGCAAGCCAUUCCGCCUGAAGCCAGGAGCCGUGCCUGAACAACCCGAAUACUUCACGUCGCCGUUCAAGCAUUCGCAGCAGGACUUCUACUCCAUCACAGACCAUGAAGUCCUCAUCCCGCCAGCCAUACGUAGCCAAAUCGUCUACUACAUGCUGCUCCAGUGUGGCGUCUCGCAGGGCAGUAAGAAGACGUUCAACUAUAACCAGAUGAUGGACAAUGGCUGCUACACCGUUGCCUACCCACUGCACGAUAGUCAGUACGAGUACCCGCCAGAGGACUCGAGCGGUCGGGGCGACCGCAACACGUUGUGGCGCGAGUGGGCGAGACCCAGGCGCUUCUUCAAGGAGCAGCCCCUCGACCUUGUGCGCUCGUACUUUGGCGAGCAGGUGGCUCUGUACUUCGCGUGGCUCGGCUUCUACACCAAGAUGCUGAGCGUCGCUGCGCUCGUUGGCCUCGCGUGCUUCCUCUUCGGAGCGGUGAACAAAGAGCAAAGCUUCUCCAACGACGAGUUGUGUGACGACGCGCUGAGCGGGGCCCUCGUCAUGUGCCCCCAGUGCGACAAGACGUGCACCUUCUGGAUGCUGAACAGUACCUGCGAGUCUGCCAAGAAUUCCUACAUGUUUGACAACCCGGCCACCAUAUUCUUUGCAGUGUUCAUGGGACUUUGGGCCAUGGUGUUCCUGGAGAUGUGGAAGCGCUCCCAGGCGUCGCUGGCGUUCCGAUGGGACCUGACGGCAGCCGCGCAGAGCGAGCCGCCGCGGCCCGAGUACGAGGCUCGCUGCUCCGGCAAGAAGCUCAACGUCGUCACCAUGGAGGAGGAGCCCCACGUGCCCAAGACGACCCUGGGGCUUCGCUACUGUCUGUCCGGAGUCACGGUGGUCUUCUGGAUGCUCCUGAUCAUCGCGAGCAUCCUGGGCGUCAUUGUGUACCGCCUCUCCAUCUUCAUCAUCUUCGCCUCGAGUAUUCCCAAGCAGGUGUCUGAAAUCAAGGUGAUCGGCACGUUGCUCACGCCGCAAAUGGCCACCUCCAUCACGGCCUCCGUCCUCAACGUCAUAGUCAUCAUACUCCUCAACAAGUGCUAUGACAGGCUGGCUCUUGUCCUCACCGACCUGGAGAUGCCCAAGACGCAGGCAGACUUUGAAAAUCAGCUGACGCUCAAGAAAUUCCUCUUCCAGUUCAUCAACUACUACUCCGCUUGCUUCUACAUCGCAUUCUUCAAGGGCAAAUUCAUCAGCUACCCCGGGGACUAUGUGUACCUCGGCAUAUGGAGAAACGAGGAGUGUUCCCCAGCCGGAUGUCUCGUUGAACUAACUACUCAGCUCACCAUCGUCAUGGGCGUCAAGCAGAUCUUGGGCAAUUUCCAGGAAAUCAUCCUCCCGUGGUUCAUGACUUGGUGGGCCCAGCGUCGAGCUAAGCAGCGCCCGCAGGAUGUCUACACGCGCUGGGAGCAGGACAAGGACCUGCAGCCACAGAGCAAGCUCGGGCUCUUCAACGAGUACCUUGAGAUGGUCAUCCAGUUCGGAUUUGUGACGCUCUUCGUGGCGUCGUUCCCUCUCUCUCCACUGCUCGCGCUGCUCAACAAUAUCAUGGAGGUUCGCGUCGACGCCUGGAAGCUGGUCACGAAGACGCGGAGGCCCGUCGUGUCUCGAGCAAGUGGCAUCGGAGCCUGGGAGGACAUCUUGGGCGUCGUGGCCACCCUGUCCGUUCUCACCAACGUGUGCAUCGUGGCUUUCACGUCGGACAUCAUCCCACGCCUCGUGUACUACUAUGGCUACUCGGCAGGGCACGGCACGGGUUUUCCCACCAUGCGCGGGUACAAUGAAAACAGCCUCUCCGUCUUCAACAUCAGCGACUUCCAGGAGCAGAAUAUUCCCGACGAGCUGCCGCCCUGGUUCGACCUGGCGAUCCACACCACCUGCAGAUACAGGGAUUAUCGCUACCCCCCUGGCCAUCCUCAGGCAUACUCCCUCAACAUGCAGUACUGGCACGUACUAGCGGCCAAGCUAGCCUUCGUCAUUGUCACGGAGCACGUCGUAUUCCUCACCAACUCCUUCAUCGCCUACGUCAUCCCGGACAUGCCGUCGCACGUGCGCGCGUGCGUGCGCCGCGAGCGCUUCCUCGUGCACAAGAUCCUGGAGCAGGCGGAGUUGGGGCGGCUCCGCGACUCGCUGCUCGCCGACGCGCCCGGACCCUCGACGCCGCCGUCCACCCCCAGACCCACGCGGAGGGUCAGCAGAUGGAGCCGGCCCCGCUGCUCCGCACUCAUCGGAGGGAGGACGAGAUCCGGACAGGUAGACGAGUAGGGCAGAGAACAGGAAGGCAAAUUGAAAGUCCACCUCCCCCCAAAGAGAUGUGAGGAGGGACGGACGACGAGGAGAGGUUGACUUUAUUUGCAUCUUCUCACUGGAAUUCCAAUCUCAACAAACUGGUGUAGAGCAGGUGGUCGACCUGCUCGCCGAUUUCCAUGUGGACAAAGACUCACAAAGGACCAGGACAACAAUACCUCGUAAAGCCUUAACAGACUCUAGAUUUGAAGCUUUCGUGACUGCAAUGAUUCAUAUUCUUAGGUUUUUUCGGUAAAGUCACGUAGGUGAAAAAUAAUAAAAUUAAUAAAAGUAAAAUAAAAUAAAAAUUAAAUAAAAAUCACGACGUUUCGGAGGCAACACAAGCUUCCGUCUUCAGGUGGAACCGUCACAGCACGCUUGCUGUAUCAAGUAACAGACUGUAGGAGCAAGUGCAGUUAACGAGCACCCAUGAAAGACAGCAUGGCAUAGUGGCGAUAUUCACACAUCGCAUCAGGUACUGACUUGAGACUGAGUCGACCUAGGGGAUGUCCGGGAUCGGUUCAGAUAAUCGUAGUUGGGGGUGGCUGCGAGCGGGAAUCGAGCCCGGACGACCAGGGUUCGUAGCGCAGCGCGCUAACCACUAAGUUACCGCUCGCCAACACGCAUGCACAUGUACACACGAAAAUGCAGAGAUACGUGGAAAAAUACACAGACACACGAGUACUCUGCACAUAUGCACCGAUACAUACACUCACAUACACUCACAACACAGACACAAACAUUAAUACAGAGGCACAUGCACACAGAUUCAUGCACAUACAAAGACAAACACACUUGCACACAUAUAUACUCAGACCCGACGCAGAAACGUGCGUACAUGAUACAGAAUCCACACAGAGAGAUAUGAACCCAUAAACCACGAAAACCACGCAUGCACACAACAGACACAAAUAUGUACAAACACAACAACUUUGCUUAACACGUAGGCUUUCGCGACCAAUUUUAUUCAUAAUAAAAGUUUUUGGGUUAGAUCACGUAAGUAUAAAUGUGUCGAAACCCUCCACCACCCGACACGGCCAACCAGUAAGGGAUUUGUCACGUAAACAAAACGCCAAAUAGUGACUACUUCAGCCCACCGGUGUGAUAAAGAGUGAAUCCACAACAUUUACAACCUGAGUACGACGUUUCGCUGGUAAUAACAUCCGGCAUCAUCGGGCGAUUUUCCAGAAUAUUCUGUCGUGGAUUCACUCUUCAACACACCGGUGGGCUGAAGAAGUACACUACACUAUACACUACUAUACACUACUAUACACUACACUAUACACAACACUAUACACUACAUUAUACACUACUAUACACUACACUAUACACUAUGCUACACACUACUAUACACUACACUACACACUACUAUACACUACACUAUACACAACACUAUACACUACACUAUACACUACUAUACACUACUAUACACUACACUAUACACUACACUAUACACUACACACUAUUAUACACUACACACUGCUAUACACUACACUACACACUACUAUACACUACACUAUACACUACACACCACUAUACACUACACUAUACACUACACACUACCAUACACUAUACUAGUAACUAUUUGGCGUUUUGUUUAUGUGACAAAUCCCUUACUGAUUGGCCGUGUCGGGUAGUGGAGGGUUUCGACACAUUUACAUCUACGCGAUCUAACCCAAAAAUCUUUAUUAUGAAGAACAACUAUGCUGUUAGGGGUUGGUUGUGGCCAGAGCUAUAACUACACCCCCACAUUAAGCUGACCCUUGUUCCCUGACGGUGGUCGUCCGGACCAGAUAACACCGGGUAUAAAAACAAGGUUUAGUUUUCAGAAGUCUAUUGUCAUAUGCGUGUGAGUGUUCAUUGAGGUGUGUGAAUGUUAUGCUUGUGUACGUAUGUGCGUUGUUAAAAGGCUUGGCACUUGUUGAGCCAAAAGCCUCUGCGCCUAAACCUGCAUAAUAUUUAUAUAUGUUUAUUAUCACUAUUCUUGGGAACAAAUAUAUAUGCAUCAUUGUCACUGUUUAUAUCAGCGAACUAGUGUUUGAGAGUUCCAUUGUGUUAUUGUGAAAGAUCUGAGCCCCUUUAUACUGUGAGCACAUCACACAACUGCUCUCCUGUCUCUGCACUGGCCACCAGUCCAGUAUCGAGUAGACUAUAAGCUCCUGCUGCUGCUGCCGCUGCUGCUGCUCCUGCUGCUGCUGCUCCUGCUGCCCUUACAACGUGCUCAAUGCGUUAGCCCCACAAUACUGGCAGGAACCGAUCCAUCUUCAUACUACAAUCAGGUCCCUUCUUCUCAGGACUCCGAGAACAAGGCUCUGUUCCUGCAGGGGUCGUCAGGAUAUACGAUGGGACAACGCUUUGGCAAUGAGACAAUCGGAGUCGUUGGCUUUGAGUCCCGAGUUCUGACCGCUGACCCUGGUUCUGUUUAUUUCCUGCUUUCCCUGACAUGGCGCUUUGGGGCUACGGAUGAAAUGCAACUUACAAGUGUAAAUUAGUCUUAUUCUUAUUUAUAUUAAGCAUUGAAAGUUGCAUGCAGGUAGAAAUGGAGAGGUAGAAAUGAUCUUCUUGGUUCUUUCGGUAAAGUCAAGUAGAAGGGAAGUAAUAAAAUAAUAAAAAUAAAACAUAAAAUAAAAUAAUUCUCACGACGUUUCGGCUACAACGCAAGCAGCCGUCUUCAGGUGAAGAAUGAGACACUGACCAAGCUAGGUAGAAAUGAGUGAACGUGGAUUCGAGAAGAGACGCAGGUUAAACACACCACAUUGACUUGACAUAAAGCGUAAGUGGGCUCAGGCAGGGCUCGUUACCAGUAAGGCAAUAUAGUUACCAGUAAGGCAAUAUAGUUACCAGUAAGGCAAUAUAGUAACAACGGACUGGGAGACAAAGGGGAAGACAGAUGUGAGGGUGCAGGUCAUGAGUGCAAUGACCCAGCAGUUGAGCUGGGAACGAUUACCCCGAGAGGACGACGGACCAAAGACAAAGAUGCCCCGUAUCGCCUUACGCAGACUUUUAGGGACAAGUGCUGUUAGAGAGCAACAUCGAGGGGGUCGGUGGCCAGCACCACGCAAGGCCGCCUUUUUCUCCCCAGUGGCGAUGUUUACUACACAGCACCACACCAGGGGCUCAUUUGAGGCUGGGGCAACGCAUCGUAGGUCGUACAACCCACAUUUACGGCCCCACAGCACUCUAUCUAUCUCUCUCGCUGUUGUUUAAUGAGUCACCACACCUACCCCCUCCAGCACCAACAGACGAUCCACAUCCACCCCCCUCGUUCACAUAGCGACGGCUGUUCUCGCGGUGCAUGACCUUACCCCUGGCCAUACAUCACAGGUGAGGAACACCGACACGGUGACGCUGAGUAAUAUAUAUAUUUUUUACAAGUAAGAUUUUUAAAAGUGGAUGGUGGCUCCGAGACGUUAGACUGAUGAGCUGGCAUUGCAGAGAUCCUGGGUUUGAAUCAAGGCAUGAUGCGUGUAAUUACGGGUUCUCAAGUAAAUUAUAGUGAGUUGAUGAUCUCAGCUCUGUCACCGAUGGCUGCACCAAAAACACCCCGUUGUAAAUUUGGUUAGGUGGGCCAAAUUAAGAUCUGAGAAAUAUCGAGUUGAUCGUCGUGUGACGAACACUACUCUCAUGUGCGGAGCGCGUGGGCCAGUGCUGCCCCAUACGACGACUGUGUGAACUCGAGGUCACCUGGAGGGAUCUGGGAGGUAGCUUGGCGCGGUGGGUCGCACUGCCCCGUGAGCGAUCCGAAUGGACACCAAUAUCCACUCUCAGGAUAACAUUGAGAAAAGUAAACUUAUAAUACCACGAGUCAAAUGAGCUAUUGAUUGAAAUCGUACGGAUGCAACAUAAUUAAAAGUGUCGUUAUACUGCUCACAUCGACAUGUGCAGCUCGUUUCUGUUUACACUGCUGGAUGAGGGCCUGCCUGCGCUGAUUUGACCAUUAUUCGCCAUGCUGGUCAGUGUGAGUUGAAGGCGGGCAGCAUAUACAUGUUAGCUUAGAAAUACCGUGCAACAAUCUGUGUAUCUGGAAGUAUGCUGCCUACAGCAGUAGCACGCGCAGCCUCUAGCACCAGCUUCAUGCACGGUAGUUCCCCAUCAAAGCACUAUGCAGGCUCAAACCUGCUUAGCUUCCGAGAUCGGAUGAGAUCAUCCAUAUUUAUGUUUAUAUGGUUAUAGGGACAAAGCGAACAGAGUCUAUUAAUUACAAUAAGACAACACACGGUGUGGUUCAUUUUUAUUAUUUAAUCAUCCAGGAAAGCCUCACUGAGCCUAAAUACCCCUUUGCAGGAGGGUCCUGCCUGGCUUACCUAAUUAAAUGUUUUGAAUACUUUAUAUUUUGUAGAAAACCACUUGGCUCAAUCAACUCUUCAAAUUCCAGUAGUCAGUGGAUGGAUGUUGGGGGAUGACAACUCCAAGUCCGUCUACCACGGAUUUAGCACCAAUGAAGAUCAAUUGUACUGUGUGGACAGUGGCAAUUGUGGUAAUAAUUGCACGUGUUCAUCAGCUGGUCUACCAUGUACUGAACAACGUGCACGUCUAAAUUUUGUGGAAUGUAACAGGAUCACCAUACCAAACCAGAGGACGACGACGGUGAUGAUGACAAUGUCGAUUCUAACUAUAAAGGUGGUCUCCUGUUUACGACGGUCAGACUGACGACGAUCCACAUUUACGCCGUUUACAUGCCACCGUGGGUCGAUUUACGACGCAGAAACUCGACUUACGACAUCAUUCCACUCGACUUACGAACAUAUUCGACUCGACUUACGACAUCAUUCGACUCGACUUACGAACACAUUUGAACGCUCAGACUGGUUCCCGAUGUUACUUGCCGUAGAGCUUUUGUUAUUCUCAAGCCUUUCUUGUGGAUUUUACCGAUCAAACCCCGUUAGAUAUGGCUGAUAAAAGGACAGAUACAUCGGCAAGGGAUGUUUCUACUGUUCCUGUUGUACAUGGGAAAGUAGGGGUCCGAUUUACGACUACAGGGUUCCCAGGAAUGCAUUGCAUCGUGAAAGCCCUGUUGCAAUGGCAUAACAGUGACUGCGUUGGAACUUGUGAUGUCAACAUCAGUUGCCAUCUAAACGUGUUGUCUCUGUCUUUGUUAGUCGAUGUAACAUGAUGUAACAAUAUAUUAAAUGUACCAAGUUAAUUGUAUAUAUGUGUAUAUUUUCAUUAAACCAAACAGGGUGUCUAAAUG